AUGGAAGACCUUGACGAAAAGGCGAAUCCGUCGAGUAGUUACCCGACCGCUGCUACUGCUGCUGGUGUUCACGACACUAACAAUUGUCAAACAUUUGCCCCGUCAAAAGGCGAGAAGGCACUUGACGUAUUUAUUUUCGGGAUAUUUGGUUUUAUCCUUCAGAUUUUUUUCUCCAUUGGGAUCUCAGCCUCUCAAGACAUCUUGGAGGAGACAUUGGUUCCUACACCGGCACUGUUAAUUUCUGCUUCGCUGCCAUUUUUCUUUAUCACAUCUGCUAUGCCCUAUUUUAUCCUCAAACUUCCUCAAACCUUUCUUCUAGUGCCAAUCGUGUUUCUUAGCAUUAUCGGAGUAUUACUGUAUUCUUUAGUUGAGAAUGUAGUGAUUCGGAUAGUAGGAGUGGUGAUUGUUUCUACUGGCGUUGCAAUCGGCGAAGUUACGUUUGUUUCAUUGACUGCUCUCUACGGUGACAGAGCAAUGAGUGCGUACGCUGCCGGUACUGGAAUAGGAUUCAUCAUUGGACCACUCUACUAUACAGGUAAGGUGACCGCUUAAUAGGUACGAGUAACCUCCGAUCAGGUGAAAAUUGGCAGUUUAAUUAGCGGCUCUCUUUAAUUUUCUUAGUUUUGCAGGUGGCACUUUUGUAUUUUCCGGCCAUUCCCUUAAAACAAAUUUAUUACACUGAACGAAACAUCGCCUGAUCGAAGAUCAUCUUAAAGCAAUUAAAAGCAAUUAAAACAAAGACGCAAAAAUCAGAAUUAUUUCGUGCAGAGUAAUAAACAUGAAGGGGGAGUAGUCAUUUCCGAUUAGUCAUCCACGGACGGCUCAAAGUUCAUAGAACGAUCAAUUACAGUUGUGUACAGUGGUCAAAUAGUACCACCGAAGAGGAGAAGUGCUUGUCAACGGCGCCUAACAUUCUGGAAGCUUUGACUUUCAUACAUCUAUCCUUUUAAGUUAAGAAAAAAAAGAAGUAAUUUUCAAUUAUUUGGAAGUUAUUCUGAGAAAAGGAAGGGCAAGAGAGGUAAAAAUCGGCAGGAGAAAUUCAUGGGCGUUAACAGCUGUGUAAACGGUACGGUGUCGCAGGGGUUUUCGAACUGAAUGAUGCAAAUUAACCAAUCGACAGCUACAAGUUGACAAAAAUAAAUGCAAAUAAUCAUGGUCGUGUUUUAUUGGGAUGAACCGUUGGAUCAAUUAAAGUUUCUGGGAAACUGCCCACCUGAACCGUUCUCAGUUGGUUUAAUCCCUUGUUUGUUUGUUGUCCUUGUGUUUGCAAGAAUUUGGUUGACCGACUUUUUCAGCCAGCACAGAACAUAAUUGAAAUGAUUCAGGGGCACCCAACGAGAAAAACCCUUUAAAGUCCUUAAACAUGGCAUUGUUGAACGUAUUUUAGUAUUUAAACAGUAGAUAUGGGCAUAUUUUUAUUCCCGUAAAAAUUUUUCAUCUGUUCGGACUUCCUAGCUGAAAGUCUAGUGAUCCGAAAAUUAAAGGGAUCAAAACUUACCUUUUCGAAAAUUUCAGCCGGAAAAAAGGCUCCCGAAAUUCUAGGUGACCUUCUUAGGGUAAAAAUCUGUUAAAAAUGGGCAAUUAUACCAUUUUUAGGGGUUCGAAAAUCCUAGGAGAGUCAGGCAAGCAAGAAAUUUAACAACAAAUGUUCCGAAAAUUCUAGAUCUCAAAUCGUCUUCCGAACAGAUAUUUUCCAAAAAUUGUCGUUGGGUGCCCCUGAUGAUUGAAAACGUGCCGAGGCGGUGAUCUGAGCUGCGUCAUUUUUCUGCGAGUGUUUGCGUGGGCCUAACAUGAAAACUGUAAAGGACCUUUUAGGGGACAGGAAGCCCUUGUUCAAUGAUAUGUGACAACUUGACUUUACGUCUCGUUCACGUCGAUUAAAUGACUUCUCAGUCUAGCGACAAUUUUACGACCUAGCACAAGACUAGUUCAGUGAAUCUCUCCGACAAGUUCGCUAAGGCUCCUUUUGUCCUGACUGGACUUAAAAGGUGUCAAUCCCGGAUCAUCUUAAUUCAGUCACCGUCUUAUAAUUAUAUCAGUGGAAAUCCGACUGGCCGCAACAGUUACUAAAAUAUAUAUUUUCCUUCGAGCUAUUAAUGGCGUAAUAAGAAAAUCGACUUUCACACCAAAAUUCACAUAGGUCCAGUAAAUGUCCAAUCAAAAUAAAAUAAAAUGAAAAUUGCAAAGAAUGUUCGUGCGAGUAAAAAUCCGAGCUAUGUACAAUACCGUUACAACCAAAAGUACAUUUGGUCAAUUUGCGUACUGUGCCAAAGUUGUCCUUUGGAGCCUUCUUUUAGGAACAUCGUAACGUUACUAAUUAAUCCCAUUCCUUUCCAUACACUAACUCUCUUGGUUAGAAGUUUGCAAGGAAAAACCAAUUAGUGAGGAAUAUGUUACAAGAACGUUUAGUUAGCACCUGUUCUCAAACAAUCAAGGAUAAUUACAUUUAAUGAAUGCGAAAUAAGCUAAACCGGAUCCAAAAAACAGGUUUUUAACCUCCAAACAAAGGCCAGUUCAAUAAACGGCCCAGAGGCCGAAUAGAAUUGUAAAAACAGUAUUUCCAUGGCAGGAUUAAAGUACCUGACAACUCGAAUUGGUCAGGAAAAAGUCAAUUAAUAGAAACCAACGUUUUUCUUUGUUCGAACAGCUUAAAUGAUCUCAAAUCAACUGAGUAAAUAAUUCAUGCAGUUUUAAUGGCCCACGUUCUAUGACUCAGAGGCUUUUGGGACAAAAAAGCAGUUUUGUUAAGACUCCAUUGGCUCUUAACUCCCAGAAGAGACUUGCAAUUGAGCACAAAGAAAAACAAAACAAAUAUAGAAAAAUGAGCUAGAUGAGAAAGCCUUGGUAGUCAAGUUAGAAUUUUGAUAAAUCGAACGUGGGUUAGUUUAAGCAAAAGAGAGAACUUACCAAAUCUGACUACGGCACGUGCGUCGACAUCCAAAAAGGACCUACUACAAAUAAAGCUUGCACAUUUCACGUAUACUUAUCUAUAAAGCAUCCUUAAAUAUCAUAAAUCAAAGCGAUAACUGUAAAAAUAUCCCAAGGAACAAUGCUUACGUUGUAAAUAACAACGGUUAAUGUGGUUAAUGGCCUGCUUAGUAACUUAUCGAUGCGAGCGAAAGAUAGAACAGACCAACAAACCAAGCAUAUAAAACACGAAGCGAACGGUUAAGUAGAAAUGUUAAGAUGAAAAUAAAGGGUCUCCAAUUAAGCCCGGCAUCCCGACCACAUUUUUGUUCAGCCCCGUAAGCCCGAUGGUUAUUUUUGGCGCCCCGUAUCCUGCGUCCCCUACUUUCAAUCCCGAACCUCGCCCCAAUUUUGCUGUCAAAUCGCAAAUCCCGGCGUUCAAGUAAGUAGGGUUUUACGAUCCCGUCAUCCCGACCUACAUUUUUGUUCAGUCCCGUAAACCCGAUGGUUAUAUCCGAGGUCCUGCGUCGUGCGUCCCGCGUCCAGUGCAGUACUUUUCAUCCCGAACCUGGCCCCAAUUUUGCUGUAAAAUCCCGAAUCCUGGCAUUCAAGUAAGGCAAACCCAUCAUCUUGAGAAACCUGUUGGGGACCCUUCCGGGGAGGGCUCCCAUAUGAAAGGGGCGGGGAUGCUCGUUGGGAAUUUUGAGUUGAACCCCUAAAGGAGACAAAUCUGGGCUUGGCCCAACCUUUUUUUGACCCCGAAAAGAGACCAUUAUAAACUUUGAUUACAUGAAUCGAGUAAAUAAAACGAAUUGAAAAAAAUUUAUAUUUUUUUAUAUUUCUUCGCGUGCAACCCCAAAAGAGGCCUUUACGGCUAAAUAUAAUGGUGUUUUACCCGGAACACCCUAAGUGAGACCAAAAUCCGAAAUUUACACCCCUCAGCGAGACAACGAGCAUCCCCGCCCCUUUCAUAUGAGUUCCCCCUCCCCCCGGGCGGAUCCUCAGAUGAUACGACAAGUUAAACUAAGACCCAGUGUUUUUUUUUUUCUUAGCGAUGACAACCGUUAUUUGUGUGUCUCCACAAACAACUGUUCUCCUGAUUUCUUGGAUACCCCUCAGCAUUUUCCUUUGCUAUGCACUAAUUGAAAAGAGAGAUUAUGCGCCUGUGCCUGGUCAUGAUUCCUAUCAGGACAUUGCUUAUACUUCUCUCCCUCAAGAGAAUGCUCCAACGGAAGAAAAUUCAACAACUUGGUCAGAAAAGCAGGCUUUAAUUGUGCAAAAUUUCCACCUCGUUGUUGCAUUUUUCGUAGGAUACUUUUCAGAGUUUUUAACUCUCAACGGAGUUGUCACAACGCUUGCCUUUCCCAACUCACCUUUCGACCCGAGGAAUCACUUCGUGUACUACGCGUGCGUGUUCAUGAUUGGUGAAUGCAUAGGCAGGUCUUACAUAUCUUUCUUGGCCUUCAUCAACCUGCAAUAUGCACUGGUUAUUACAAAAACCUGGAUAUUGUCAGUAAUUCUUUUUGGCUUGUUGAAUUUGUUAACUCUUGCAUCGUGGUAUCGAUUUCUGCCUAGCGUUUGGAUAGUGCUACUGCUUUGCUUUGUUGUCGGGCUUUUAGCGGGAAGUUUAUACCUUAACACUUAUCUAGUGGUCACCGCUCGUGGACAAGACGACGAAAAAGGCAAGGCAUUUUCGCGCGCUUUUCUCUCGGUGGGACCAAGCGCCGGAGUGUUAUUUGCUGGUAUCGUGGGCCUGGGACUAGAACCAGCUCUAAGAACGCACUGCCUUGAGUCGUCGCAUUUCAGGGAAUUUUGUUUUACAAGGUCUAUGUACGGAUGGAAUAAAACCACAUCUUGUUUGAGGUGA